UGGCUUGUUUAUGGUGUAGCCUUCCAAUGGAUCUGCACCAAGUUAGGUUUCUUGGACAGUUUUAAUCAUCAAAAUCCCUGGAUCUAGAAGCAGCUGUAAAAGUUGCAUAAGUGUUUCACAGCAGAAGGCCAGCCCAGCCCAGCCCUGCCUCCCCACUGUCCCCAGGUGCCACUGCUGGGCAGGCUGAGAUCAGAGCUACGUGUAAGUGGUGGCACAGAGGGAAUCGCUCCUCAGACCACCUCUCAAAUUUCAUAGAAUCAUAGGAUCAUUUAAUGGCUUGGGUUUGAAGGCACCUAAACGAUAAUCAGUUCCAACCCUGCCACAUAGGCAGGGACACCUUCCACUAGACCAGGUUCCUCAAAGCCCCAUCCAACCUGGCCUUGACUGGCCAGGUUGUGGCCAGUGUGGCACUUCCAGGGAUGGGGUAUCCACAGCUUCUCUGGACAACCUGUGCCAGGGCCUUAUCACCUUCACAGGGAAGAAUUUCUUCUUAAUAAGUAAUAUGGAUCUAUCCUCUUUCAGUGUGAAGACAUUCUUCCUUGUCCUGUCACUCCAUGCCCUUGUAAAAAGUCCCUCUCCAGCUCUCUUGGAGCUCAUUUAGGUAGUGGAAGGGGCUUUAAGUUGUCCCUAGGGCUUUCUCCAGGUGAACGCUGCCAGCUCUCCCAGCCUGUCUCCAGAGCAGAGGGGCUCCAGCCAUUUGAGUGUCUUUGUGGUCUUCUCUGAGCUUGCUCCAGGAGCUCCACAUCCCUCUUAUGUUGGGGGCCUCAGAACUGGGCACAGCACUCUAGCUGGGGUCUCACAAGAGAGGAGUAGAGGGAAAGAGUCACCUCCCUUGACCUGGUAGUGACUCUUCUUUUGAUGCAGCCUGGGAUACAAUUGGCUUCCAGGGCUGCAAACAAUAUUGCCAGCUCAUGUCCAGCCUCUCAACCACCAGUACCCCCAAGUCCUUCUUGGCAGGGCUACUUUCAGUCCACUCAUCACCCAGCCUGUGCUUGGGAGUGGUCUAACCAAUAUUCAGGACCUUACACUUGGACUUGUUGAGCUUCAUGAGCUUUGCAUGGGCCCACCUCUCUACCCUGUAAAAGUCAAUGUUGUAGGAACACAGCACACAGUGGACUCUGAGGACACCUGGGGACAACCAAGGCAGGGCAGAAGCAGUGUGGGGAAGAACAAGGCCUCACACAAGCUCUGGGAAUUGUUUGUGUACUCACAGGCUGCACAGAGAAGGGAUGAGUCAAAACCAGCCAGAAAUUUUUCCUGAGGGCAGAGUUACACAGGUUGGAGCCAGCAGCACAGUCCAUGGACACGGAGAGGGAAGAAGUGACCAUAGGGAGGGAAAGAGAAGUUUAGGACACAUCCUCAUGAAGAGGAGUCCUUGGACAUCCAGCUGAGGAUUCCUGAAACUACUUCUUUAGAACAGCAAUUCAAACAACCAAACCAGAGUGAUCCAGACUGAUAUAUCACUUGCCUGCUCUGGUCCCAUCCAGCACAUAAACUGAAUCUUCCACCUGCAGUGCUGCAUUCCUGCUUUAGAAAUCCUGGGGCCUUUAAUCCCAGGGAUCAGAAGAAGCCUUCAUUGGGAAAUGGGCAUGGAACAAACCGGGAAAUGAAAAGGCAGCAGUGCAGGAAAUGAAAGCACAGCCCAUAUCAUCAGCUGUGCUGGUUUGCAUGUAAGAUGAGCUUGUGGGGAAAUUGUUACCUCUGGAAAGGCUGCCCCUGGUCCUGAGGCAGUGAAGGGUAGGUAUAAAAGGCAGCCCCAGUCCCUGCUCUCUCAUCCACUUCUCUUGCCUCCUUCUGCUUGGGAACCAGGUGAGUGUGAAGUCCCUUCUCCUCCUCUUCCAAACAGAGGUCUCCAUCACUUGAUGGACAUCUCAGCUGAUUUUGGCUUUCUCAUAUUUGGGGUUUGGAGUGCUUUUUCAUGAGAGAUGAAAGCGGGGAGGAGGUUGGCACAGAGAGAGACUGAGUGAGACACGACUGUGGUGGCUUUUGGUUUUUGCACCAGAAGAGAGCUUUGCUUCCUUGGGCCAGGCUCUUAGUAGCGCCCUGGCCAGAUGAGGCGAUGAAGACUGUGUGGCUGCUGGCACAGUCUCCAGCAUCCACUCAUGGAUGGCCUUUGCAGUUUUGUGAUGGGAUAACCAGGCUGCUCUUCACCCAUCCACCCUUGUGCUCUGUUUGCUCUCUGUCCUGUGUGCCAGGUGCAGCUCCAAGCUCAAGGCAUGUCCUGCUACACCCCGUGCCGGCCCUGCCAGCCCUGCGGCCCGACCCCGCUGGCCAACAGCUGCAAUGAGCCCUGUGUCAGGCAGUGCCAGGACUCCACUGUGGUCAUUGAGCCGCCUGCUGUGGUGGUGACCCUGCCCGGGCCCAUCCUCAGCUCCUUCCCACAGAACACCGUGGUGGGAUCCUCCACCUCCGCUGCCGUUGGCAGCAUCCUCAGCUGUGACGGAGUGCCCAUCAACUCCGGGGGCUUUGACCUCUCCUGCAUCACCAGGCGCUAUGGUGGCAGGAGGGGCCUCCCCUGCUAAAACUGCUGAGCAUAUACAGGUCUUGGGUGGUUUCCCCAAGAUCUCCAGACAUCUAGAACAAAGAGAGAAUCUUCAGGUCAUUUCUUUCGGAGGAACUGAGCAUCUUCAGCUCCUCCUAAGAACGCUGGCAGGAAGGGGCCAGCCUUCCUGGGCACUUUGAAAACAUGGCCCAUGUCUUUCCUUUGAUAUUUCUACAUACCUCCUUUUCUCAUUUUUCAUUCUUUUCUUCUGCUUCCCUGGGCUGCAAGGCUCCUCCAAGCCAGCCUGCACUCUACAGCAAAGACAAAUGGAUGCCCUGCACGGACUUCGCCAUGACCAAGAGGUGAAGUCUCUUGUCCCUCCAGACCACUGCACUGAGGUCCUGUGCUUGUGGUGACCUUGAUUCCAUCUUUCAACUCAAUAAAGAUUUUUACAUCUCA